UUCUCUGAGUCAAGAGCAAAAGGAUCCCUUAAACCCUCGUUUUGGGUUCGUCUCUGUAAACUAUGGCUAGCGGAGACUCGGACCUGGGUGCUCUAACCCAAGCUUUAAGCGCUUCCCAUAUGUCCAAAGAGAAGCAACCCAGCUACAGCAACGGAGACGCCGACGCUGGUGGCGUGCAAGUCACGUGCUUCACUGAGGUCGUCCAUGAUUCCACUACCCUCCACUUCCAAAUCAUCCGCCUUCCAAAGCAGAUAUAUGCAUGGAUUGGUUGCAACUCUGGAAAAUUGGGGCAUUUGUAUGCAGCAGCACCCACUCGACCUAGUACCGUGAGUGUUACAUCCAUAGUUGGUGGGAGUUCUGAUAAUACAGGGUCGGGCAUUGCUCGGAGAUUGGUGUCGAGGACUGGACUAAACAUAAUUCUGGCUUGCAACAUUCCUAAGAAUAAUCCCAUGGUUGAGUUGGAUGCUGAAAAAUUGUUGGUUCAGAAGCUUCUCAGUCUUGGAUACAUAAGGCCAAAAUCACAAGGAUUGUAAACCUGUGCGGAUACUAUUGUAAACCGACUAUUUGCAGACUAAUGUUAUCUUUGAACAAGCGCUAGUUAGGGGUAUGAGACCGAUGAUCAAUUUUUUGUUGCUAUUUGAAAAGUAUUUCAGCCAAAUAGUAUGGCAUUGUGAUAUCUAACAGGAAUGCAAUUAUGCAAUCAUGCACCUAGUUUUUGCAAU